UUGAGUUACACACACUCGAAUCAAUUUGCAGCCUAAUAUUUUUGUUUAGUAGUAAAGUUAGCCAUGGAAAUGGUCACAACGUUGGUUAAUGAAAGGCCAGUGGUGAUUUUCAGCAAGAGUUCUUGUUGCAUGAGCUUCACCAUUAAGACACUAAUAUGCAGCUUUGGUGCAAACCCAACUGUUUACGAGCUUGAUCAAAUGUCAAAUGGACAGCAUAUCGAAAGGGCAUUGCUGCAACUAGGAUGUCAACCAAGUGUACCAGCUGUAUUCAUAGGCCAAAAACUCGUCGGUGGUGCUAAUCAGAUCAUGUCCCUCAACCUCCAGAACGAGCUAGGCCCUCAGCUCGUAAGAGCUGGAGCUAUUUGGAUUUGGAAGAAAAAAUAACUUCCUAUAUCCAACUCAGAUACUACUAUAGAUGUACGUAGGUUUGCUCAUUACUAUUUUGUUCUUCCUCCAGUUCUUGUUGUCGGUAUCAGUACUAUAUAUAAAAUGAAGUAUUUGCACGUACGGUUUAGAUGCUUCUUUGCGAACCUCUUUAGCACUUCCUUUUGUGGCUGAGAAAAAUCACUGUAUUUUCCUUUUUCUGAGUUCCUGAAGAACUUAUUAUAAUAUGCUGUAACUUAUAUUAAUGUAAUAUACCUUUGCUAAAUAAA